AUGGGUUGUGUUUCUUCGAAACUAGGCAAGAAGAAACUGGUAAGAGAGAUUCGAGUCAACAAUGGCGGCGAUCACAUUGUCUCCCUCACUUCCACCACAUACGGCCAUCUCGAUCUCGACGAACGAGCAGAGACUUCUCCCAAAUCACAGGAACUCACUAAAGGCGACGUAACUGAAUCCGAAAUCAAACCCAGGAGAUCUACAACACAGAAGGAUGAUCCAGAGAUUAUCAACACAUGGGAGCUUAUGGAAGAUCUCGAAGAUUCAAUGCCACAGAGGAUUAGCCCCAAAUCCCGUGGCAUUUUCGGUAAAUCGUGGAAGACUCCGGUGAAAUCUGCGGUUGAGUCUCCGAAGAGAGGCAGUAGCAAGAGAUUUGGAGGGAAAGAAAACAGAGGAGGGAGAAUUAAUCACUCGAGAGGUGUGAGUCCGAAUCAGAUUCUGAAGCCGAGGAACAUUCUUGAGACUCCGAAGAGAGGCGUAAUGCGUUUGAGUUUCCCUCUCAAAUCAGAAGAGCCUUCUUCGGUUACGCAGAGGAGGAAGAGUUACAGUCCCAUGUUCGAUCCAGAUCUCGUUGCUUCCUACGAGAGAGAGUUGUCUCAAGAGAAAGAGCAGAUCAAGAUGGUGAUCUCUCACGUCCCCGAGAAAACCAGAGAAUCGGAGAGAAUACUCGAGAGCUUCCCUGAGAAAUGUCCGCCUGGAGGAGAAGACUCGGUGGUCAUCUACAUAACAUCGCUGAGAGGGAUCAGGAAGACGUUUGAGGAUUGCAAUGCGGUGAGAUCGGUGUUGGAUUCGCACGAGGUUCGAUUCUCGGAGCGGGAUGUGUCCAUGCACUCGGUUUUCAAGGAAGAGAUCAGGGGCAUUAUGGGAACGAAACAGGUGAAGAUUCCUGCGGUGUUCGUGAGGGGUAGGAUGAUUGGGAGUGUAGAGGAGGUGAUGAGGUUGGAGGAGGAGGGCAAAUUGGGGAUUUUACUUGCAGGUAUGCCGGCGGCGAGGCUUGGAGGCAGUUGCUGCUGCGGAUGCGGUGGGUUGAGAUUUGUGAUGUGUUCGGUUUGCAAUGGAAGUUGUAAGGUUAUGGAGGAGAAGAAGAAAGCUACGGUUAAGUGUUUGGAGUGUAAUGAGAAUGGUUUGGUUCUCUGCCCAAUUUGCUCUUGA